UUUACCAUAUCCAUUGCUUUGUCUCUCUCUUUCUCACUCUCUUCUUCCUAGCCACCACAUAUUUUCUUCCAUACACUUUGCUUCCAUGUCCACUAAUUUCCUUGGAUCACCACUCCUUCACAAAAAUGCAAUAAUAACCACUCCUUGCAAUAAUAGCCCUCUAAUGAAACUCUCCACUUUCACCAUUAAAGCUUGUUUACACUCUUCAAGAACCAAAACUCCUAAUCCAAACAAACCCCAAAUCAAUGAUCAUGUCUACAACUACACCAAAUACUGCCAACCCAAUUUCUCUGACCCUAUUUCUCAAAUACCCAUUUCACAAAAAGAGCCAAAAAUCACCAAAAAUGGUGAAAAAGGAGGUGUUCUUGAUUUGUGGCUAAAAAUGCAAAAUGAGGCUAGAUUAGACGUUGAGCAAGAACCCAUUUUGGGAAGUUACUAUAAAAAUUCAAUCUUGACACAAGAUUGUAUAGAAAGUGCUUUGGCUUACCAUCUCUCAAUGAAAUUGAGUAAUUCAAGUUUACCUAGUGAGAGUCUAUAUGAUCUUUUCAUAGGGGUGCUCACACAGGAUCAAGAAUUGAUUUUUAAUGUUGUAGCUGAUUUAAAAGCUGUUAAAGAAAGGGAUCCAGCUUGUAUUAGUUAUGUACACUGUUUCUUGAAUUUUAAAGGGUUUUUAGCAUGUCAAGCACAUAGAAUAGCACAUAGGUUAUGGUCUAAAAAUAGAAAGAUUCUAUCUUUAGUCAUACAAAAUAGAGUAUGUGAAGUUUUUGCAGUGGAUAUUCAUCCUGGUGCUAAAAUUGGUGGUGGGAUUUUACUUGAUCAUGCUACUGGUGUUGUUAUUGGUGAGACUGCUGUUAUUGGUGAAAAUGUGUCAAUUUUGCAUAAUGUGACAUUAGGUGGUACUGGUAAAGUGUGUGGUGAUAGGCAUCCAAAGAUUGGUGAUGGUGUUUUAAUUGGUGCUGGGACCUGUGUUCUUGGAAAUGUGAGAAUUGAAGAUGGUGCUAAGAUUGGUGCUGGUUCUGUUGUGUUAAUGGAAGUGCCUGCAAGAACUACUGCUGUUGGAAAUCCAGCUAGGUUGAUUGGUGGGAAAGAAAAUCCAAUGAAACUUGAUAAGAUUCCUAGUUUGACUAUGGAUCAUACUUCACAUAUGUCUGAGUGGUCUGAUUAUGUAAUCUAGAUAUGUAGGAUCGUUGCGUAUGGACUUAGAGAUCAAAUAUAAUACAUUAGUAUGUUUUUUU